AGUCAGAUGACUUGGUGUAGAAAUAUAGGUCUUUUAAAAAUCAAAAAUUUACACUAAAUACAACGUGGAAUUGAAAAAUUUUCCCGAGAAAAAUUUAUACCAUCUGAAUUUUCGGAAUUGUUAAUGAAUUAUGUAUGUGUAUAACGACUGAUUCUAAAAAUAGAUGUAAAAGCUUACUAACUUCCCCCCAUUCCCCGUCACUGUUUCUAGCGAGCGUCGUCUUGUACGAGUUGAGCUGACGGACUAAUUCCAAUGUCUGGCCGCCAUACUGCUGUGUAGAGGAAGAUAUUUCACUAUCAAAGUUGUUUGUUUCUCUCUUCAUUAUGGUUGUUCAUUUAUGUGCAUUUCGAUUUUAUAUAAAUCGUGAAUACAUUCUUUGACGGAAGCACUAUGCAUUUAUCUGUUUGCUUUGUGGUAGUGCAGAAAUAUUAUUCUGGCGUUUUGGAGACGACUGCUACAACAACUCCUGCUGGACGUCAUAUUACUAUUUGGACGGAUCUGUAAAAUAUCUUUUGUUUUUGUUUGUAAUUACUUGUGUUCUUUACCAUUUAAGACAAAAAAAAAAUACAGCGAAAGAAACUCAUACUGAUUGGGAAGUAUCUGGAAAACAAUUCCAUUUUUAUAACUUCUUUUAAUUUAAAGAAAAAAGCUGAGAGAAAAAAAAUCAUUUCCACUCAGUGAAAAAAGUGCUAUGCAUAACGGAUUUUUGUCGGAUCCAUUUCUGAGCGAGAAGGAUGUGGCUUUAUUUUGAAUAUUCCUACAAUGUUUGCUGCUGCUGUCAUUAUUACAAUCACAGCAAUAAUUCCAUUGGAAAAAAGGGAAAAGCUGGGAGCAUUGCAAUUUUUUUGAAGGACUCUUCUCGCACGAACUGUGGCUAACCUUAGCUUUAUUGUUCUUAGUUUUUUUUUGUGUGUGUGUAUGUGUGUGUGAUUGUUGUUGUGGAAGUGAGAAGUGUGGAUUUUUACUGAUUUUUCUAGUCUGAAAAAAGAAAAAAAAUACAAAAAAAACCAUUCGUAAUCUACAUCUUUUGCACACUGGUGAUAAACAUGUGUACUGAAGAAAGAUGUUUGAUUACUACUGUGCCUCUGUUCUCAAUACUGUUAGCAAUUGGCCUUUACUAAUGGAAAUACAUGUUUUCUUUGAGAUUCAUUAAGGUUAAAGCUAAUUCUUAAGGGCUUUCUUUUUAUUCUCUCUCUAUUCCUUCUCUCUCUCUCUCUCUCUCUCUCUCUGUUCUUUCUCUAAUUAUACGGCUAUAUCUACAUUAGCAAUAUAGUUUUAUAUUUAUACAUAUAAUUAGUCUUCCCUGUUUAGUUGUAAACAUGCAUAAAAGUAAAGCCGCUGUCAACGGCGAAAUUCGAGAGUCAAUCAGCCCUACUGAUAGGACUGUAAAGCAAUCAACACAUCCAAGGACACCCUCUAGAUUUAGUCGAAAGACAACUGAGAUGGGCACUAAAUUUUCCCACCGGAAGUUAUCCGAAAGAGUUAGUAGACACCCAGCCGAUCAAAACAUUCAUAACAACACAGGCAGUAGCACGUCGACACGUUUCAAAGUUGGCUUCAGGGAUAAGAAACAAGAUAGUGCUAAGAGUGAAAGUAGACCUGUAUCAAAAAAGACUCUAUUUUGGAAACGUUUAUCCCAUCCUCUAGAACGUGAAGUUAGAGACCUAAGUGGAAACAGGGAUAGAUCUAGGAGUCUGCCAGACUGUACGUUAGACUCCGAACCUCCUCUGAACAGCAAAGAGAAGGCUGUUGAUAAACCUAAAAUUAGAACUAGUAGCUUAAUAGAUUUUAGACAUUCUAAGAGUGUAAGUAGUGCUGAUGAAAACAAAAGCGAAAAGGCUGAACUGAAAAAAGUUGAUGUGGUUAGUGGUGAACAAUCGGCUGUACGUAAGCCAUCGGGUCUUAUGAAGUCCAAAAAAUGUUCAUUAACCUUUGAAGAUAUGGAUAAAAAGCCAGUCGUCCAAAACUCUGAGAGUAGUAGAUACGCUCCCUACUUAACUGAAAUGUCUCUAGAUAGUGGAUUCGCAUCGGAGAAAGGUAAGAGUAAAGAACAGUCUAUAAGUGACGUGGGUAUCGAUGACGAGAGAAAAGAACUGGAUAGUGAAAAAAUUGCAGCUGAACUUCGAAAAGAAGAUGAAUCUGAAAAUCUCAAAAAAGAGAAAGAAAUUGAAGACCGAGCCGUCUCGACAUCCAUAUGCGGGAGAUUCCUUAAAUUUGAUGUUGAAAUAGGGCGUGGAUCUUUUAAAACUGUUUACAAGGGACUUGAUACAGAAACUGGAGUUUCUGUAGCUUGGUGUGAGCUUCAGGAUAAAAAAUGGAAUAAAAGUGAAAAACAACGUUUCCGAGAAGAAGCAGAAAUGUUAAAAGACCUACAACAUCCAAAUAUUGUACGGUUUUAUGAUUCAUGGGAAGAAACCAAUACCCGAGGUCGAAAAAUAAUUAUUCUAGUAACUGAACUGAUGACUUCUGGGACACUGAAAACAUACAUCAAAAGGUUUAAAAAAAUAAACAUCAAAGUAUUAAAGAACUGGUGUCGACAAAUUCUUAAAGGACUUCUGUUUCUUCAUACUAGAACACCUCCUGUGAUUCACCGUGAUCUUAAAUGUGAUAACAUAUUCAUAACAGGAACAACUGGAUCUGUGAAAAUAGGAGAUUUAGGAUUAGCCACAUUGAAAAAUAAGUCCUUUGCUAAGAGUGUUAUAGGUACACCUGAGUUCAUGGCGCCCGAGAUGUAUGAAGAGCACUAUGACGAAUCCGUGGAUGUGUACGCGUUUGGAAUGUGCAUGCUAGAGAUGGCCACGUCAGAAUACCCUUACAAAGAAUGUUCGAAUGCUGCGCAGAUCUACAAGAGAGUCACCAGUGUGAGUUACAUAUUUGAACGUUCAAUACAAACAAAAAAAGAUGAUAGAUAUAUGGUAAAAGAAUUAUUGCAGCUGAACUUCUUCUUAGAAGACACUGGUUUGAAAGUAGAGCUGGUUUCAUGGCAUGAUGAAAAUGAUGUGGACAAAAGCCAAAUUAUUCAACUCCGCUUAAGAGUGGUGGACCCCAAGAAGCGAAAAGAUAAACAUAAAGAAAAUGAAGCUAUCCAGUUUGGCUUUGAUUUAAAGAAAGAUAGUCCUGAAGAUGUAGCAAGAGAAAUGGUGAAAUCAGGAUUUUUACAAGAGGAAGAAAUUAGAAUAGUAGGUAAACAAAUUCGAGACCGAAUUUCUCAAGCUCGGCGUGAUAAUGAACGCAAGGCUGCUGAAGCCCAACAGAAGGCAUCAGAUGUUCCAAGCGGCCAAGAUGGACAACCAUCAACUUCUACAUCCCAAACUCCAAAUAUUCAGACCUCUCAAACACAAUUACCUCUACAACCACAACAGAUGGCCACACCUCAUCAGUCACAGGGUCUGCCAACAUCGCAACCACCGUCUACUUCACAACCACCUCAGCAACCUACUGCUACUAUAACAACAACAGCUACUACUACUACUACGUGUGCUACUACUACCACUACUACCACCACCACCACUACUACUGGGACCACAGAGGGACAUCAAGGUAACUUAGGCUCCCAGACAGAACAUCCCACAGCUGUGAAUGAAUCUUCACAUCAGCUUAAUGAACCUAUUGGACUAGCUCCUUCUCAUAAGACUGGACUUCCUUCUGGUCAUGUGCAAUUACCAUCAGUUACAUCAUUCAAUCCAUACCACAUUCAAGCUGCUACACAAUUCCAGCAGUUGGUUCAGGCAUCAAUGUAUCAGAGCUCAGCACAUAGGAGGUCACAUGUAAAAAGGUCCAGUGAAGCCAGGCGUUCGGACUCACACAGAAGUCCACGCAUUAGCAGGUUACAGGCCAAGGCUGCUAAUUUAUCUGGAUUAGAUAUAAUUGCUGCUCAACAAUAUCAGCAACAAAUGCUCCAGCAAAUAGUUGCUGGUAGUUAUUCUGCUCCUGAGCCUCCAUUAGCAUACCCAACCUCAUCUGGUAUCCUUGAUGAACUUGGGCGUGAAAGUGAAAGUGAUGGUUCUGCAGCACCUGUGAUGGAAAAAUCUAGAAGAAAAUCUCGUGUAAAACGUCGAGAGAAAAAGGGUUUAAAGCUCACUAUUCUUGCAGUAGAAGAAGCUGGACAAGAAGUUGAAUGUAAAUUAGAUAUUGCCAAUAAAAAUACAGUUACAUACAAGUUUACUCUUGAAAAUGAUAAACCUGAAGAAAUUGCUGACAAUUUGGUCGCUGAAGAUCUUUUGCCUGAAGCUCAAGUGAACAGUUUUAUUGAACUGAUGGAAGGAGCAAUCAAAGAAGUGAAGAAUGACCCUACGAGUGCUGUUGCUUUUUGUAUCAGUGCUGCUAAUACUCCAACUUCAAGUCCAUGUGUUUCAAGAAAAUCUAGGCAUUCUGCUGAAAUGGAUUCUUCAAAGAAACUUCACUUUGACCAAUCUGAUGAGCACAAGAGUUCGGAUGGAGGAGAUAAAGAACCAAAGAAGUCUCAUUCACAUGAUCAGCAAGAAUCUAUCGUUGAAACCAAAAAGAAGAGGUUUGUUGUAAGUAAAGUUCCUGAAUUCCAUCCAUUAGAGAAAAGACCAACAGAAGAUGAUGAUGAUGGUAAAUCAACAACCGGAAAUGCCUCUAUUGAAAAUCAAGAGACUGAAUAUCCUGAGGUAUCUGGACCUGCAAAAACUAUGGUAUCUGAAUCUGAUGCCUAUCAAGAAUUUGAAAGGCUGUCAAGGUCCCAUUCCUUACCUUCUAAUGUACCUAUGGAUUUAAAUGAUCUGCAAGAAAAACUUUCGCAACUGACUGCUUCCCAAAAAGCUAGUAAUGGUACAUUGUCUACUUCUGGUGCAACACCAAAUUCUAUGGCUACUGAGGGACACUUGAAUAUCUUCUUACAAAACACACCAAUGACCACUACACCAAUGUCUGAUGUAAGCAGCCUCUCAGGGUUGGAUAAUGUUCAAAGCAAGCAAGAUCAAUUAACACCUGAUCAACAACAUCAACAGUUACUGGGUAUGCUUACAUCACAGCAACAACAACAUGCUCAAAACUCUAUGCAGUCAAAUUCUCUUCUGACUACCAAAACUCUUCCACAACAGGUCCAUCAACAAAUAUUAUCUAACCUACAGUCUCAAGAUCAAAAUCCAGUUUCUCACAUUCCCCAGACACCAGCAACUUCUGGAAGCUAUACUGCUGUUGAUUCGAAUCUCCAGUACACAACACAUACACAGUUACCACAGUCUGCAUAUCCACAACACAUUCCUCCCAAUCAGCAACAGUUUCUAUUGCAACAACAACAGCAGCAACAAUUGUUUCAGUAUCAGUAUCAGAGCCUUAUUCUUCCUUGCCUCUAUGCUGCUGAUCCUUUUAUGCAUUUACGUAUGCAGUUGUAUCAGGUCUAUAAAACAAUGGAGCAAGUACAGUUACAACAAGGCAAUACAAUACCUUUAUUACCAAAUUUAUUUCCACCAAUGUAUCCAUUCCCUCAAACAAAUUUCUCCAAUGUGCCACCUUCUGAAAUGUCUUCAAGUGGUGUCACUCAGCCAUCACCUCCUCAGUCUCCCUCUCAGGUUCACUCAGAAGGAGAAUCAGCCCAAUACCAUAAACAUAGUCAUAUGUCAGAACAAGAACAAUAUGAAACUCCCACUGAUCUUGCCAACCUUGAACAGGCUCUGAUUGAAAAAUUGCACAUACAUAAAAAAGAUCCAAAUCUGUUAGGCUCAUAUCAGGCAACAUCUUCAACAUCUUCCAUGACUACUGGAACUGGUGGCUCUGAAUAUGACUAUCAGCAAUCUUUGUCUGUUGAAUAUAAAGAUGAUGCAGUUGACCCUGUAGCAUCAGAUGUGGGCUUUAAUGAAGAUACUGUUUCUACAGAAGAUACUCUAAUUCCAGAAUCAGACUCACUCACACCUCAACCAGCAAGUGAUCCUCAGCAUCACAUUAAUGGGAUGAAUGAAGAAAAUAUUGCUUUUAGAAAAUCUAGGUUUGUAGUCAGUACUGUGAAGGAAGAUCCAGUGAUAACACCAAAUGCUUCAGAAGACAGCAGUCCUGCUCUGAUGGAAUCACCCCAAGCACUUCUAGAAGAAACUAAAGAUGAUGUGAUUUCUGGUCCUCAACGAUUCCAUACUGCUAAGAAAGGCCGAUUUCAUGUUACAACAAUGCAAGAAAGCCAACCAUCUGCUGCUUCUAGCUUUACUAACACUCCUACUUCUCAAUUACCUGAUGUAAAAGGUUUAAGGGUCUGUACUUCUGCUGCUCAACUGCCUGAGGAUGUUUACCAUUCAGAAGAUCAGAGGUGGCCUUUACCAUUUGAAAAUGAUGAAGAAUAUCGAGAAUUAAUGAUAAGGCAAAAAACAGAAUUAGCUGAAAUGCAAUUAAGGCAUAAAAAUGAGAUUGAACUUUUCCUACGUAAACAUGGAAUCCAUGUUGAAGAUUUUAUUAAACAUGUGAAUAAUGGACCAAUGUUGAGCCCAAUUCCAGUUACUUUGCAAUCUGUCCCAGGCUCUUUAGUAUCACCUUUACCAGUUGGAAGUAGUAGUAUUCCUCAAAUGGCUGUGAAUGUACCAAAGAAUGAGGAGCUGUUUUCAGCUAGUAUCUUGAAAUGUAUGGAAAACUUUACAAAACAAUCUAGAAAUCUUUCACCUGAUGUGCAAGGACCUUAUAGGUCCAUCUCACCAUAUUCUACUUUCAGGUCCCCUGUUCAAUCACAUUCUGAUAUGGAUCCCACCCCUUCUCAGUGGGAAGCAUCCUCAAAGGGACAGCAGUCUUUACAUCAUAAAGGUGAUGUAAGUUCUAAAUCUUCACAAGGAGACUAUUUUUCUGAAUUGCCAUCAGAACAUAUGGGAUCUGGUACUCCAGUCCAUCAUUCAACUUCUGGGCACAGGGUUUCUGACUAUCAGCAACAGAGAGAUCAGAGUCACUCUUAUCAAAUAACUGAUGAACAAAACCAGGCACAGUAUGGCCAGCCAGUAUUAAAUAGGGUUCCAUUUCUCCGCCAGCCAUCAUUGUUACAGGGUUGGCAGUAUCCAACAACAAAUCUUGUCUCACAAGGAGCCACAGCUCCUACUAAAACUAGUUAUUCAGAACCAAUGUCAAAGAAAGACAUGUUGCAAUCUUCUAAAGAGCACCACCCCAAAACUCACCCUUCUCAGACAGAGGCUUUUGAAACAGUAAUUAGUAAGUCAACAGACCCAAAGACUGACAAUCCAAGUAAUAUGUGAUGCUACCACCACGUCUUUCCAUUUUCUUCUUGAAUAAUUGUAAAUAAAAUUUACUAAGAUUACCAUGUGAUAUUUACAGCGAGAACUAUAAAAAAAAAUUCUGAAUUCCAUUUUCACAUAGCUCUGUUUAACAAUUUUCUGAAUUCUUUCAGAAGAAAAAAAUGUUUGCUUUGUGCAGUAUUUUCUUUUGCAUUUCUCAAACUACUUAAAAAUGAAAAGGUAAAAUUGUCUAUUUUCCUUUUAUUGAUCUUUAGAAUUUUGCAUGUGGUGCUGAUAGGUGUCUUAUGAUCUGGCUGCCUUCUUCAAUCAAUUAAAAUUCUGGUUAGACUUUCAUAAAACUAGUUUUACCUAAGAAACUUAGGUUCUUCUUUGACAUAGCUCUCUAUUUCAGCUUAGCUCAUACUUCUUACUGUAUUCCAUUUUAGUCUUUCCUGUACAUCUUCUUUUUAACUAUAAGUGGUUAGCUUUAAAUUUUAGAAACAUCUUCUCCUAUCUGUAUAUGUGAAAAUAUGAGUAUGUGUGUGUGUGUGUGUGUGUGUGUGUGUGAGAGAGAGAGAGAGAUGCAAUUUUUUUCUGCUUAAUUAAAAAACAAAAUCUGUUUUCUUCCUCGACACUAAAACCAUUAUGUUUGAAGAAAUGUAUUUAAUUCUCAUCAGUUUCAAUUUUACUUCUCAGCUUUGUAGUUUGUCAGUGCAUAGGUUUGAGUUUGAAGAAUUUUUUUCCAACACAUAGUGAUUCUUAGAAGAAAAAUAUGUUGACUUCAUUUGGGUUUGAACAUAUAUUUAUAUACAUGUAUGUACCUAUGUUUACAUGCAUACUAAUGUGUGUGUGUAUGUAUAGAUUUGUAAAAACUCAUAUGUGCAUAUAUGUAUACACAUGCACACAUACAUGCUUAUGUAUGUUUUUUAAAAUACAUGUGCAUAUAUACAUGCAUACAUAGUGUAUGUGUGUGUGUGUGAGAGAGAGAGUGUGUGUGUGUGUGUGUGUGUGUGUGUGCCUUUAUUCUUUUGAGUUGCUUGCUUAGAAUGAUAAACUGAGCAUACUUUACCUGUAUAAGAUUUGCUUUUUCCUCAUUCAAUGUCUUUCAAAGCCAAGUGUAUAUAUAUAUAUAUAUAUAUAUAUAUAUAUAUAUGUAUGUAUAUGUAUGUAUGUAUAUGUAUGUAUGUAUGUAUGUAUGUAUAUAUAUAUAUGUAUGUAUAUAGAUAUGUAUGUAUAUAUAUGUAUGUAUAUAGAUAUGUAUGUAUAUAGAUAUGUAUGUAUGUAUAUAUAUAUGUAUAUAUAUGUAUAUAUAUAUAUGUAUAUAUAAGGUUUGUUGCACACAAUCAAAAUUCUGAUUAUUUUUAAGUGUGUUUUGUUUCUCUUUCUUCUCCUAUGUUUGGCUUUUUUGCCAGAAAGAUUGCUAUAAAAAUUGCAGUUUUUGGUUGUAGUGUUGGAGGUGUGAAGUUAUUGAGCACAAGACUACUCUUCAUAAAUCAUAUUUAGUAUCAUAACUGCUGGCAUUUAGUUUAGGGUUUUUUUUUAAUAUAUAUAUAAUUCAUCUCUUCUUUUGAUAUUUAGUCAUAGUAAAUUUGUUAGACAUCAUCAUCCUCCUGAAUCCUAAGAAGUUUGUUAGCUUUAAAUCCAUCUAUCUUGAUACAAUCUGGAAGUAUUUUCAAUUUGUAUAGUAAAUUACAUUAUUUAAAUUUAGAACUCCUUUAGUAAUUAAAGUUUGAGUUAUUACAAAUGAAGUUAAUAUUACCAGAAGAUUUCUUCAUUGAUAUGUAACAGAAGGGAAAGAAAAUUUUAUCUCUACUGUAAAAUAUUAUUUUUAAGAAUAAGGUAAUACUCUAAUCAUUCUCUUCAUAUUAUCAUCAUCAUCAUUGUUAUUGUUUUGGUUAGUUUGCAAUUUUAUGUUACACUUGAUUACAAUUUUGUUAGAUUUUACUGUCUCUGUAAUUUUAGAGUCAAAUUUUGCUUGCUUUUCUGAAAUAUUUCAGGAUGAUUAUUUUUCUUUUAGUAAUAAUGCUAAGAUUUUGAAAAGCAAAGCUUUAUAUAUAUUUAAAAUUUAUUAAUUUAAUGAUUUUUGGGAGAAUAAUAAUCAAAUAGCCUUAAGUUCUAAAUCCAAGUUAUUAUUCCUAUUGAAAGAUUAUUUUCGUGUGUAUUUAAUGUUUUUCAUUUGAACUCAAUAGUUUUCAAGUAUUUCUGUCAGUAAAUGUUUGAUGGAAUACAUUCUGAAAGCUGCCCUUACCUAAAACCACACCAGAUUUGGUCUGAAAGUUACUCCAAUUAAUUUAUGAAAUUUUCAUUUGGGUGCUAACUUUUUAUUGAUUUUUCUCUGAUUAAAUGAUAAAAUAAUAUGACUGCUGUGCUGUCAAUUUUUUAAGUAGAUAUUGACAAUAUUUUUUCCUAUGUAAUUUUUAAGAUAAAUAUAUUUUUCAAUUUUCUUUUUUGAUGACUAUAGCACAUUCCUUGAAGUAGACUUUGUCUUAUGACUGAUAUCAUUUGUAUUAUCUGUCUGGGUCAUUCAAAGAAAAAAAUACCAAUUGAAAGAAAGAUUUGAAAUAAUUUAUUUAUAAGAAAUAAAUUGCAACACGAAUAAUAAAUAUAAAGUACACAUCCAUAGGGAAAGCAGUGCAGCAUCUAUUUCGAAAUUAAAAGUUAGCAACAUAUUGGUUAACUUUGUUCUGGUCUGUCUGGCAAACUUCAUCCUAAACAUCAAUAAAUGGAUCUCCUACUCCACCUUCACUAGAGGAUGCAAGAUUCUUUGUUAGUUGGUCCUUGAUAAGAUGUGGAAUAAUACUAUUUCAAUCAGGAAAGAUUUUAAUUUCUUAUAAUUAAUUAGUUUAUAAUUUCAGCCUUUAACACCUUAUGUUAUUUACAAUUUAUUAAUGGUUAUUAUUUGAAUGGAGUUUUAACGUUCAACUUGGUUUUUAUUAAGCUAAAGCUUUGCUGUUCUCUUAUAGUUUUAAUUUUUUAUUAAAUUUUUGAAGACUAGGCUUUUUUUUUCCACAGAUUUAAUAUAUUUGUUUUAUUGUUAUGGAUAACUUUAAUUAUUUUGAACAUUGCUUUUAUCAAUUAGAAAUGCAAGGUUAUUGCCUUAUUGUUAAAGUUGUUUACAUCUCGCUAAUUCUAUAGUUUGAUAGGAGGAACUCUAUAAAAAAAUUUGAUUAUUUCAAUAAUGCUAUUUGGAUUAUCUUCCUGAUAUUUACUGACUUCACGAGGCUUCAAAUUAUCCAAGUCACUUUACUCAUUCCAACUGCAAUAUAAACUACAGUUGAAUGUACUCUGCUCAACAUAUUGCUGUGUAAUAUGCUUUGCCUUGGCAGCAUUGAAAAUAGAUGUUUUGUUUUAUGAAAAGCAAAAGCCCUUUAAUGCUAAUAUUUCACUAAAAUAUUUGUCUACAUAAAUGUUACCAACAAAACAACCUUUAUCAUCAGCAAUCUUGUCAAAAUAGGAAAGUAUACUAAUGAAAUUUCAAAGAAUUAUUUUUGGGCCUAUAACUUUUUGUUUUUAAAAACUUAGGAAAAAAAAUAUUUACAAACUAGUUAUCUUAAAUUUUUUGUCUAAAACAUUUAGUAUCUGGAAAUAAACUUAGAAAAAUAUUUUUGUAAUUAAAUAUUACAAUUUUUCAGUCACAUAUUUAUUUAUUUUUUUAUUCCAAAACAAUUAUUUGCAAAAUCAAAAUAUUGCUGAUAGUUUUUCUUUUUAAUAAUGUUACUUACUGUAAAGAAUUACUAAGAUGGAGAAGGUAAAAUUUAUCAGAGACUUGUUUCUGUGACACAGUCUUCAGGUUUUGUCAAUAUCUAGUUAUUACUUUUUUACUUUUUAUAUUAGACAGUUACGUUAUGGGCUAAGAAACAUAAUUUACAGUAAGCUUUAAUUCUCACUCUCUUUUCUCAUCAUUUUCCUGUUUCACACCUUUUGAUUAUUUUUUUUUUUUAACUUAUUUUGUUUUCUGUUUCAAUCCAUUCUUAUCACCCCUCUCAACUGUUUCAGUUUUCUAAUUCUGAAAAUUAAUUUAAUGCAAAUUAAAAUAGCAAAAAUGUUGUUUUUAAUACAAGCACCACUUUCACUUUAUUCUCUCUCUCUCAUUUUCUUUGAAUUUUUUUUUUUUUAUUUAUUUAAUUUUUUUCUGUUCUUGUCAUCUCCUUGAAUGUGUACUCUUCAAAUUGGAUGCUACUUUGAACUUAAAGCUGAUGUGAUGAUUGCCUCUCUUGUUUGCAAAGUUAUUUGCAAAUCCUAAAUCCUUCCCUUUUUCUUCUCGUCCAUGUAAAUAAAAGCAGUUACUCACGACCAAUAUAUCUAGAUGGAAAAGCCAAACAAUGCACCUGUACGUGAUCAGUAUUCCACCUAUGGUUGGUGCUGCAUUAUCUCUUUUGUUUAUCUUUAUUAUUUGAGGUGAGUCUUGUGAAAUUUUAGGUCAAGAAUUGAGUAUCUGUGAUACUGACUGAGAAUUUUAAAACUGAUAAGUGAAUGCUAAUAAGACAGUUGCUUGAUCCCUGUGCUGAAUAUAUAUUAUCUUGAUCCAUAAUAAACAAUCAAGAUGGUAAUACUAUUAAUCACUUGCUGAUAAAUGUGUUUCUUUUUUUUUGUUUUCAUUAGCAAAUCAAAUUUGCUGAAGGAUGAGUGUAUUAUUGAAUUGGAUGACAUGAGGUUGUAUUCUUUGAUAACGCUUCUAGUUUUGCAAUGAUAUUCUGCAUCACCUACUUUAUCAAUGCUAUUGUUUAAAGAGUAUUUACCAAACUUUUAACAAAGUGCUCUUGUAGUAUUGCUCAAAAAGUGAAAACAAAAUAUGGGAGGUUUUUAAAAGUUGACUGUUUGAAAACUGAAAGAAAAUUGUAGAAAUAUGUCCUGUAAAAAGAAUAAAACUUGAAUGAAUAUAACAAAA